UAGUCAGCUGUUAGACAGGCAGGGAGGAGCUGGAUGUGCUUGGGGCUGGAUGACUCACUCUCCGCGCACCCAUUCACUCGCUCUCUCCCUUUUCUCUCUCUCUCUCUCUCGCUCACAAACAUAACAAAAAAGAAGAGAAGCUUGUUGGUCGGACGGUCGCCGCUCAGUCUCCACGAGCACCGGGACCAGCCUCUUCAGGGAGACCAAGAGGAGGCAGCCGGCGAGGGAACGAGCCGCACCGGACUGCUUGCUGGACUCCUCUCGGCUGGCCGAGACAUGAGCCUUUCCCGCUGAUUGUAAUUGAUGCAGAACUGAGAGGUCCAGUGACUGUCCUUUUUGCCGUUUCCCCCCCAACCCUCCCCUCAUUUUGCGGCCCCAUUCUGCUCGGUCUGUGAGGAGCCAUGACAAAGUCGUACGAGUUCAAUUGGCAGAAGCAUGUGCCCGAGUUCAUGCAACAUGGCGCCCCCUUUGACAGAUUUGAUGAGGACCCGUACAUCUUUGAGCCCAAUUGCCAGGUGAAGGUGGAUGAGUAUGGCUUCUUCAUCAGCUGGAAAAGUGAAGGAAAGGAGGGCCAGGCGCUGGAGUGCUCCCUCAUCAACAGCAUCCGCGUCGGCGCCGUCCCCAAGGACCCGAAGAUCUUGUCGUCGUUCGAGGCCGCGGGCAAGACGGAGGCGGACCUGGAGGGCUGCAUCAUCUGCAUCUGCAGCGGCGCCGACCUGGUCAACCUCAGCUUCAUGUUCAUGGUGGCGGAGAACCCGGACAUGGCCAGGAAAUGGACGGAGGGGUUGAGGUCGGUGAUUCACAACUUCAAGGCCAACAACGUGUGUCCCAUGACUUGCCUAAAAAAGCACUGGAUGAAAAUGUGCGUCCUGACUAAUGUCAAUGGCAAGAUUCCCGUGAGAGGGAUUACACGGACGUUUGCAUCAGGCAAGACGGAGAAGGGCAUCUUUCAAGCCCUGAAGGAUUUGGGCCUUCCAAGCGGCAAGAAUGACGAGAUCGAACCGUCGGUCUUCACCUUCGACAUUUUCUACGCGCUCACGCAGAAGAUCUGCCCUCGCACGGACUUAGAGGACCUCUUCAAGAAGAUCAAUGGGAGCAAAAGUGAUUAUUUAACAGUAGACCAGUUAGUCAGCUUUCUCAAUGAAAAUCAGCGGGACCCCCGUCUCAAUGAGAUCCUCUUCCCGUUUUAUGAUCCCAAAAGAGCCACACAGAUCAUCGAGAAAUACGAACGAGAUGAAGGGCUCAAGAAGAAAGGCCUCAUGUCCAGCGAUGGUUUCUGCCGCUACCUGAUGUCGGACGAGAAUGCACCGGUGUUCCUGGACCGCCUGGAGCUUUACCAGGACAUGGACCAGCCGCUGGCCCACUACUUCAUUAGCUCGUCCCACAACUCCUACCUGACGGGUCGGCAGUUUGGCGGCAAGUCAUCGGUGGAGAUGUAUCGCCAGGCCCUGCUCUCAGGAUGCAGGUGCGUGGAGCUGGACUGCUGGGACGGCAAAGGAGAGGACCAGGAGCCCAUCAUCACUCAUGGCAAGGCCAUGUGCACUGACAUCCUGUUCAAGGAUGUAAUCCAAGCCAUCAAGGACACGGCCUUCGUCACCACAGAGUCUCCUGUUAUUUUAUCCUUUGAAAACCACUGCAGUAAACCACAACAGUACAAAAUGGCCAAGUAUUGCGAGGAGAUUUUUGGCGAAUUUCUCCAGAAGCAACCGCUGGAAAACUUUCCGAUCGAGUCCGGUCGCCCCUUACCCUCGCCAAAUGAUCUCAAACGAAAAAUCCUCAUCAAAAACAAGCGCUUGAAACCGGAAGUGGAGCAGAAGCAACUGGAGGCCUUCAAGAAGCACAUGGAGGCAGGAGAGACCAACACCACGGCCAUCAUCAUGGGAGAGGAGAACGAGGACGAAGCGGAGAACGGAGAAAAGGAGCCCGAAGAUAAGGACGUGACCUCGGAGGCGCCCAGCAGCCUUUCGGAGGCGGCCAGUGACAAAGAGGCCAACAGUGAGUCUCAAGCUAACACUCUGAGCACCAAGAAAGUGGAGGAGCGCAGCAACAGUAUCAAAAAGGUGCCCGACGACGAGACCACCGAAGUAUCCGAAGCUACGGAAGCAGCCGACGCCACAGAUAUCUCGGAGGCGUCCGACCCUGACAACAACAAAAAGGAGGGUUCUGAGGACUUGGAGGAAGCUCUGAUCGCGCAGUACACGUACGUGGGCGCCACCACCAACAUCCACCCGUACCUCUCCGCUAUGGUCAACUACGCCCAGCCCGUCAAGUUCCAGAGUUUUGAUGUGGCCGAUGACAAAAACAUCCACCACAACAUGUCGUCUUUCAACGAGUCUGUGGGCCUCGGCUACUUGAAGACCAACGCCAUCGAGUUUGUCAACUACAACAAGCGUCAGAUGAGCCGUAUCUACCCCAAAGGGGGCCGAGUGGACUCCAGUAAUUACAUGCCUCAGAUCUUCUGGAACGCCGGCUGCCAGAUGGUCUCGCUCAACUUCCAGACCCCAGAUUUGGCCAUGCAGCUGAAUCAGGGAAAGUUUGAGUACAACGGAUGCUGCGGGUACCUGCUGAAGCCCGAUUUCAUGCGGCGGUCCGACCGAACAUUUGAUCCCUUCUCGGAGACGCCGGUGGACGGCGUCAUCGCCGCCACAUGCAGUGUGCAGGUGUUCUCCGGCCAGUUUCUGUCGGACAAGAAGAUCGGCACGUACGUGGAGGUGGACAUGUACGGCCUGCCGACCGACACCAUCCGCAAAGAGUUCCGUACGCGCAUGGUGAUGAACAACGGACUCAACCCCGCCUACAAUGAGGAACCCUUCGUAUUUAGAAAGGUGAUCCUGCCGGAUCUGGCGGUGCUGCGCCUGGCCGUGUACGACGACAACAACAAGCUGAUCGGCCAGCGUAUCCUGCCGCUGGACGGCCUGCAGGCCGGCUACCGUCACAUCUCGCUGCGGAACGAGGGCAACAAACCCCUCUCGCUGCCCACCAUCUUCUGCCAGAUCAUCCUCAAAACUUACGUGCCCGACGGCUUUGGGGCGAUCGUAGACGCUCUGUCCGACCCGAAGAAAUUUCUAACCAUCGCGGAGAAACGAGCCGAUCAGAUGAAAGCCCUCGGCAUUGACACGAACGACAUCGCCGACGUCCCGAGCGGAAGCUCCAAGAACGACAAGAAGGGAAAAGGCCGAGGGGAUACGGUGAAGGCCAGCGUGACGCCUCAGAGCAGCUCGGACGUCGGUCAUACCUCCAACGCCGCCCAGAACAACACGGCAGAGACCAAGAAAGCAGAUAACGCACUGGUACCCAAUGUCAGCAUUGACGACUUAAAGCAAAUGAAGACGUACAUUAAGCUCCUAAAAAAGCAACAAAAGGAGUUGAGCGCAUUAAAGAAGAAGCACUUGAAGGAUCAAAACGCGAUGCAGAAAUCGCACGGCACGCAGGUGGACAAGAUGUUGUCGGCGCACGACAAGGAAAAGAGCACGCUGGAGAAACUGCUGGAGAAAGCCAUCAAGAAACGAGGGGAAAACAACUGCCAAGAUUUGAAGAAAGAAACCGAAGACAAGAUCCAAACGCUGGUCAACGAUCACAAAGCUAAGGUGAAGGACACAACGGCGCAGCACACCAAGGAAUGGUCGGAGCUGAUCAGCGGCCACAGCAGCGAAGAGCAGGAGAUGAAGGACGCCCACGUCACGCAGCAGUGCCAACACCUCAAGAAGCUGCUGAGUAGCAUGCAGGAGCAGCAGACCGGCCAGCUCAAACUCAUACACGAGCGGCAGAGCAAAGAGAUGCGAGCCAACCAGGCCAAGAUGUCCAUGGAGAACAGCAAAGCCAUCAGCCAGGACAAGAGCAUCAAAAACAAGGCAGAGAGGGAAAGGAGAGUGCGAGAGCUGAACAGCAGCAACACCAAAAAGUUCAUGGAUGAGAGGAAGAGGUUGGCCAUGAAGCAGCAGAAGGAAAUGGAGCAGCUGGAGAAGAACCAGAAAGAGCAGGUGGAGAAACUGGACAAGUUCAAUGAGCAGCUUUUGGCAUCACACCAUGCAAACAAACAAAAAGGCAAAGGACAUGCAGCAGAUGGCCAAGUUGGAGGAGGGGAUGGAGUGCAGACCUCCCACGGUGGUGUGAGCGUCUGACACGCGCACACACACACAGACGCCAAAACUCAGCGCCCCCACACAAACACACACAAACAGACACAAUGUAGCCCCCCCCCCCUUACAAACACCAUUUAGCUUUGGAACUGUGCACAUAAACACUUUGUUUGUAUGUGACAUGAUUGGAAUGUAGCACUGUUUGUACAAUCACACUUGAUUUCUAACGCAAAGCUGUUUUCUAAAAUGUUGUUGAAGUAGUAUUGUGGGGAAACAAAAUGCCCACAUUAGUGAAAACUCAUCAGGGUGUUUUGCACCAUCAGUGAUGCUCCCAAAUUGAAUUGAUUCUGAUAUUUUCAUUAACCACUUCCAUACAAUUGUGUAGCCAAAAAAAUGAGAAAGUGAUGAAUAUUAUUCCAUCCAAUUGUAUGGAAGCGUUAAAAAAACAAGUAUUAAUAUUUUACUGCCCCAAAAAAAAGCUAUUGUGUUGUCUGAAAUGUUUACAUUUUAAUAUGUUUUAUUGACCCCCCCUCUUUAAAAUCACCCAAACUGGUUUUAGCAGGUAAACUAGGGGUGGGCAAAGUCUGUUCUUUUAUUUAAACAUUCAGAUUUGAUUAUCAAGACUUUUGUGGCGUUCACAUAGCUGCCCCUCCAAUGCAGUUAAUUUUAAUGUAUUUAUUCAGUUUUAUUAUUCAAUUUUAUUUAUUCACCACAAACAAUUUCUUAAUUGAAUAUUUUAAAGUCAUUUUCUAUAUACAUAGAUACAAUACAAAAUAUUUCCAUUCACAUUUUAAUUUUUUUUUAUUUAAAAAAAACAUUAUCUACACAUGAGCUAACAGCACCCAGCCAUUUUUAAAAUCUAAGGUGUCUCUAAAGGACUAAAGUUUGCCCACCCCUAACGUGCUUCAAUACUCAAGCAGUGAUGGAAAAAAAAAUCUGCAAAAUAAAAUCACCACCAAAUUGUUAGUCUAUGCUCACUGCAGCAGCUUUCUGACAUCAUCAGGAUGACGUCUUUCUUUCCUCUCGCUUUAAUUUCUGUUUUCCGUCUAAUUGGUCUGAGCAGAGGCCGCCCCUCGAGUAUUGACUAGGGCGUGAAAAAAGAAAGUGCUUUUAUUCCUUUGCGUCGCAAAUGUGCCACUCGGUGUCUGUUCAGAUUGUUUUAAUUUAUUUGAGUGAGGGUCAAUGCCAAAUUCAAGAAUUAUUUAUAUGGAGAUCUCUAUAUACAUAUAUAUAAAUAAAUGAACAUAUAUAUUAUAUAUAUAUAUUAGAUAUGAUGUCUAGUUAAAUUGUUUGUUAGAGGCGUUUUUCUUCUUCUAUUUUUUGCACUUAUGUUGUCGGUCCAGAAGCAAAAAUUAUUUUUGCUCCUUUUUUUUUUUUUUUUUUUUUUUUUUAACUGUAGCUCGCCAACCAACCAUACUGUGUGUGUGUGUUCUCUCUGGUCUUUUUUUUUUUUUUGUAUUUCUAUUGUACUGUUGAACUUAUAGCGACGAUGACGCGGUUGUUACUCGGCUCCUUUAAUACUGUUUUAUAGUAUGUGUACCAAUAAAUGACAGUGGAACAUGGGACCCAAAAGCA